AGCCGCAACACUAGGCCUAUGAUGAACCAGUGAGCCUAGAGACAAACAGCUGCUGAAUGGUCCCAGCUAGGGAUGUACAGCUGUACUCCCUAUCUUGUGUCCUUGCCAGCUCAUGCAGACCUUUUCUCUGAUUCAUCUAGUUCUUCAGAUGUAAGAACCUUUGCAUGCAACACAGUGCUAGAGGAUCAACCCCUUCCCUGAGAUCCCUUGGACCUGCCUGUGGUGUUAGGAUUUAUGUUAGAUGGUUUAAGUAGAGUGUACAACGUAAUAGAUACAGAGGACACCAACUGCAGCCACAGCAUCUGGUUAUGGUUGUUUCAUGAUACUUCUUCACAGAAGAAGGACGUGGACAAGCAAGGAAGCAUCCUUAUGCCUCACAGUUGUUCACAGCCUCGAAUAUAGCACUGGUUGCUUCGUAACACUUAGAAUGCCUGAAUGUUGGCCUGUAUGAUGUAGCUUAAUGCUCCCGAGAAUAUUUAAGAGCAAUAGAAGGAAUCGGAAAGUGUUUGACAAGCUCUUUCCACCUCUGAAAGGUUGUUGAAUGGCUUAUGCAGAAUAGUACUGCAAUUUUCUUUUUAACAAGAUGUCUCAUUUUGAUCACCUUACUCCUUACCUUUCCUGAAGUAGAAUACGCUAUUCUCUAGCUGCAACAAAAACUUGACCAGAAACAUGCAAGUUGUUAAUGAUCUCUAGUCAGGAAGACUUGUUCAUAGGUCUCUGUGGACCAUCACAUAAUAGGUUUUAAAUAAUACAUCUGAACUCUAGAUUGAUUGAGUAUUAAAAUAUCUGAGAACUGCAAAUGAGUUCCUUGUAGUAAAAAUGAUAAAAUACAUGUGUUGGUUUUGUAAGUGAGAAUGCAUAGCUAAACAUUUUCCGUAGUCCUUAAGUGAUUUGCAUCAAUAUAAGCUUCAGAUAUGCUGUGUGGCAAGUCUAGCGAUGAGAUUUUUUGGUGUGGUGUUGACUUUACACUAUGGACAGAUUGCAUAAUAAGCUAGUUUUGAGAAAGACACUGAUUUUUUUUCUUUUAACUUCAGAUUUAUAUCUGUGUACUACAAUGAAAUCUCUAUAAGGCUUUUUUGUUUGAGUAGACUUGAAGUCCCAAGUUCUGAAUGGCUUGGCUAGCAGUGAAAUUCCACAGUCAAAGUCAUUGAAAAAUGUUGCACUUCUGUCAGCUUAGUUUACUUGAAUAUUAUUAUUGAUAAUCAACUAAACUUCUUUCAGUGGGUUGAAACUUGCUUUUCGAGGCUUUAUCUGUUCCUUGUAUGAUGUACCCAGAGCAACCCAUCUCAGUGAUCUCUUAAGUGACUGAAACCAAAUGAUCCUGCAUUUUUUUCCCCUUUGGAGAAAAUAAGACUGUAGUCUCUAGGCAGCUGUGUGGGCUAUUAAACUGUCAAUAUGCAAAAGCUGAUAGUUGAACAAAUUCAGAGAUGGUGUUAAUGGUUUUAUAAUUUGCAAUGGAAGAAAUUAUUAACAUAAUAUCAGUAAAGUCAUUAUUAACAAAAUAUCAGUAAACUAAACCUAUGUAUUUUCAUAAUUUAAAUAUAUUUUAUCAAAUAAUAAAUACAUGAGGUCAUUAGAACUUUUGCUUUUUGGCAUGGAGUUUAGAACUUGAUGAUCCUUGAGGUCCCUUCCAACCCAAGCCUAUUCUCUGGUUUUGCUUACAUAGCAGGAGGCUUUUUUCCCUUCAGUGUGGUUCAGAGUUGCCGUAACUGAUCUCCAGCAUGCUUGUGUACUCAGGCUGCAGUACGUUUUCGUACUGGUUUUGCUCUAUAACUGCACCUGCACAGAGAAGACAGAUUCGAUUCUUUGAUUUACUCUUUAUGUGAUUGUACUAACUUGGGUAGGAUUGUCUGGUUGUCUGCAGAUUUUAUAUGUUCAUCUUUGAGUUGCUGACUGUCACACAUAUAGUAUGGGUUACCAUACAUCUAGCCAAAUAACUGAAUUAUUUAGUCCUGUUAAUUUUGCUUAGAGAGGUCCCGGUAUGCUAAGAAUCAUAUUUUGUGUAAGACAUCCAGAGGCUUAGGAUCUCUUAGCGCUUAUCCAGUCCAAAACCAGUUGAAUUCAUGUGGAAAUACAGGUUAAUUCUAGAAUUUUUCAUCUGUGUUUUUAAUGCAGUCUUUCCCUUCUUCCUCUGAAAUGCUUUAUGCUAUGCAGUUUUUCAGGAAGCUGAGUGAAUGUUUUGGAGGGGCGCUCUUUCCUCUCCUUUACCUUGCUUAUAGGGAAAGAUACAGAAUAGGGUUAAAAUCGCUCUUAACUUUACUCUCAUGACUGCUUUUCAAGUAAAAAUGACUCCAUGAUCCUCACACAUCUGUACUGAUCUUUCUUUUCUGAAGCUUGUUUUCUUUAUGCUUUUGUCUAGUCUUAAGAUCUGUGUGUAUGUUUCUGUCAAAAGUCUUUAAAAUAUUCAUGAACUGAAGUGCAUCUUCUGAUCAGGAGUGGGCACUGUUUGCCAGUGUUCCUUGACAUAGUUGCUGAUAAGCUAUACCUAUUUUUCUAUUCUAGUCACUGUCUUUUGUCUUUUCUCUGUUCUUAUUACAUUUCUCCUUCUUUCUCUCUUAGUUUGUGGCUCCUUCUUCAGGUUUCUUCUGCAGCAGCAAGUCUCUGUUGGAUUUUGGCUCCUUGAGAUGGAUGACAUGAGCUCUUGAAGCAUGACCUAACUGCUUGCCUGAGCCUUCUCAUCCGUAAGAGUGAACUGGUCUUGCAGUGGCUGAAUUAAGGCAGCAGAUGUGGAAGAUACACUUUAUACUGCUGUUCAGUCGACAGGGGAAAUUAAGGCUUCAGAAAUGGUAUACGACACUACCUGAGAAAGAGAAGAAAAAGAUCGUUCGAGAAAUUGUUCAGAUUGUUUUGGCUCGCAAUCAGAAAACAAGUAGUUUUGUUGACUGGAAAGACCUCAAGCUUGUUUACAAAAGAUAUGCUAGUUUGUAUUUCUGUUGUGCAAUAGAAGACCAGGAUAAUGAGCUCCUGACGCUAGAGGUCGUUCAUCGAUAUGUGGAACUUCUGGACAGAUACUUUGGAAAUGUGUGUGAGCUGGAUAUUAUCUUUAAUUUUGAAAAAGCUUAUUUUAUUCUUGAUGAGUUUAUAAUUGGUGGAGAAGUACAAGACACUUCAAAGAGGUCUGCAGUGAAAGCCAUAGAAGACUCUGACAUGUUGCAGGAGACAGUGGAAGAGUACAUGAACAAGCCUGCCUUUUAAUGUUAAAACUACCUGGACAGAGAACUGCUGUAUACACCUGCAAAAUGCAUUUGCUGAAAUUGCUUCCCAAUGUGCCAGAGAAAAACCAAAACCAAUAACUAAAAGGCUUUGUUUGUAUAAUUGUCAAGAUGAAGGUCAGCUAAUGUAGUGCGGGGUUUAACAAUUCUGUAUUUGCAUUACUCUGCAUGCAAGUUUCUCAGAAUUGUUUUUACCCUUGGUCUGGUUUCUCUUUUCCUUGCUGAACUGAACACUUGUUUUGUACCAUGUCUUUUAGCUACAGGUUUUGUCAUCAUAAAAUGUUAAUCUAACAGUACACAGAAGAGAUAUUUUGACUAGUUUUGGUCCACUGCUGACCAUAUGACUCUACUUUUGUACAAAUGUCAAUUAUUUUGAAUGUAAUGAUUAUUCUGCUGUAAUAAUAAUUUUUUUCUAAAAGACA